CACCUCCCUUUAGUUCCUGUACGUGUGUACCGAAUACCGAUCGUGUCAAAAAUUAUUGAACUGUAAGCACAUAAAUUAUUGAUAAACACGUACUUGUACACAAAUGAACGAACAUCAUGUGGACAUCGUGGUAGGCGUAUAUCGUGAAUGUAUGGUAUAUCUUCAACAUGUACUGAGAGGUCAAGUGGGUACAUUGCAGCUACAUGACGUAUUUCUUUAUCUGUGCAGACAUGCAGACAGAAGUAUAAUACUUGCACUUCAGUAGAAAUGGCGGUUCAACAAGAGUCAGAGGAAUCUCUAGAACAGUUUUCAGAUCGUCUGGGUCAAAUAGUUGAGAAUGGAUUGACAUCUCUAUCGAUUGCCUUCGGUGUUAAAUCAGGUCUCUUUAAUGUACUUGUAGAGAACCACCCCACACCGAUGACGUCACAAGAAUUGGCUAAUGCUGCUAGUAUGAAAGAAAGGUAUGUCCGAGAAUGGCUUGGAGCGAUGGCAGGAGCUCGCAUCGUUCUUCUGGAUCCUGCCACACAGCGCUUCCACAUCCCUGGGCAAAUCCUAGAUGCCUUCAAGAAAUGGACCCCUCAGAAUAAAAUCCUCCUUUCGACAAAGUCUAUACCUUUCCUCAGUGAGGUCUUUAAGGACAUGCUUGAGGUAGUUAAAAAGGAAGGUCCAAUUGGUGAGGGCAUUAAGAUGUUAGAUGUAGGAUGUGGUCGCGGUGUGGCUACUCGAAUCUUAGCCGGACAGUUCCCUCGCAGUCAAUUCGUUGGCAUUGACUUCGGCGAGGAUAACGUGAAGAUAGCACGCGAAUUGGCUAAGAAUGAGAACCUGACGAACGUCGAAUAUCACAACCUUGAUGCAGCAAAGCUUCCUGAAGAAUGGACAAACACAUUCGACUACGUGUUCUUUUUCAAUGUCCUCCAUGACUUGGCACGUCCAGAUUUGGUAUUGAAGGAAGUCAAGAGGGUGAUGGCUUCGGAAGCUCUGAUGUCAGCUCUCGAGGUUAUUGCAAGCUCAGACAUGGCAGACAACAUUAAGUCUCCAGGAUGCUCAAAGAUGUAUACUUACAGUCUGUUCCAUUGCCUACCCGUGUCCUGCAAUACACCAGGGAGUCUUGGACUAGGAACAGCAUGGGGAAAAGAAGCUGCAACAGAGUUCUUGAAGGAACAUGGCUUUAAGAUUGAAUCUGUCACCCAAACAUCAAGACAACAGUUUCUGUGUAGUGUUUCUCCUGAAUGACUUGAAGGUUAAUAAUACAAGUGCAUGAGAGUGUGGCUGUUUGGCCGAUCACAUUGACUCUCAACUCAAAGAUUGAUAGCCCAAGUCAGCAGAGCUCUUUGUAUGGUUACCCUGGUUUCUUAAAGAUACAAUCUGCACGACUAGAACUUCGUAAUAGUUUAAACUGAAAGCUUUAGGUUUAGAAUAAAAACUUGCCUUGCUAUGUCAAAAUGUUUAUCAUCAGUUACCAUUUCAAGCACUGUGAAUGAAUACACGUUUCUUUGUUUAGUAACAAUACAAAAG